AAUGAAGGUCAAUACACGGUGGCCAGACUGGUUGCACGACGACCUCAAAAUUAUUAUUAGAUUUAUUUAGAUUUUCAAAUCAUAAUGAAGAACUUUUGAAUCAAUCUAGUUCUAUGGCAGUGAAUGGUGGAAGCAGGUUCCUAAUUUCUUGUGAGAGUAGUGUAGAUUAGGCUAUUAUUGAUAAGUUGGUAUAAGUUGUUGGUGGUUGCAGUUUGGUGAUAAAGUGUAAAUACAAGAGUUGAAGAUGAAGACCCUGGUUCUGCUACUCCUGGCAGCAGUGGUGACAGCACAGUAUGAAGAAGACACAUAUGGAACCGAUCACGACGAUUUAGACAUAGCAGCUGUGGUGGAAGAUAAGGACCAAUUCAAUAGCUUCAUCGACUGCUUUAUAGACGAGGCUCCUUGUGACGAUGUUGCUGAUACAUUUAAAAGUGUAAUUCCUGAAGCGGUUCAGGAAGCCUGUGCCAAAUGCACACCAGCACAGAAGCACAUAGUGAGAGUAUUCAACGAAAGCUUCAAGAAGAAAAUGCCUGAAAAGUUUCAGAAGUUCAAGAACAAAUACGAUCCAGAAGGGAAAUAUUUCGACAAUUUUGAAGCUGCAGUUGCCGCGUUUUAGAUAAUGUAACAUUUUGUUUGUUAAGAGUAAUUUUAAACGAUAUUUUUUGGACUUCUGUAGUAGAAAAAAUAAACUUAGGAUUAACUAGUUGAUAAUGUGCAUUAUUUAAUAGUUACUUAAUAACCUUACAUAAGAUAAAUCGUUAUAAUAUUUUCUUUGUGAUGAAAGAUGUUUUGACUUCAGUUAUGGAAAUAAUUAUGAUAUCUAUGGAAACAUGAUAUAAGUGAUGAUAACAAAUGAUCUAGCGAUAAGUAAAUUUGUAUAACUAU